CCUCAGCUACCUGUCCUAUAUCUUGUAAUUGUUUUAAUUAAUUGGUUUUAAACAAACAAUUUAUUGUAGUAUUGGAAACAAACAAAUAAUAUGUUGAAAGCAGACAAAGACUAUCUGACGGAAGAUGUGGUGUUUGAAUGCCAACCAUUUGUUCACCACAUUUACGACCGAUUCAAAGGACAAGUGUGUGACCAUUGUUUGGCCAAAAGUGAUCGGUUGAAGAAAUGCGCGAACUGUGGACACAUGUAUUAUUGCAACCGAAACUGUCAGCUCAAUGACUGGCGGUCAGGACAUCGGUAUGAGUGCCAGAUAUUCAAGAAUCACUACCAGAAGCUAUUGGAUGAAGACAAUCUGGCCAUACCAUUGACGCGUCUAUAUCUCAUCAUUAAAGCUGAUCCACAUAUUGUUAACAAAAAGUAUAAUACCGUUGACGGACAUCAGCUAUGUUUCAACGAUUUGCAGUCACAUUGCCAUGAGAUUAGCAAAGACUGGCUUAAGAUGGGUGUUAUGACACUCAUAAGCGAUGCCAUGAAAUCCUGUGGUAUAAAAGUAUCUAAAGAUUAUUUUCGUCAUUUGUUCGGCAAAUUUAUUGUCAAUUACUAUGAGCUGACCUAUACUAAUGGUAUGAACCAAUCGACGGCCCCCGAAAAAUGCGGUACCGGUUUGUUCAUCGGUGCGACCGCUUUGCAUCACUCGUGUGCCUACAAUGUCUCUGUCGACACUUUCGUCGGCAAUCGACUGCAAGUAACGGCCAGAUAUUUAAUACGAGACGGCGAAGUGUUGACCACUUAUUAUGUGAAUCCGUUUAAUACCAAAUGGUUUUUUAUUACAAAAGGAGACAUUUAAAUAGUCAUUAAUGUUGUA